AUGCACGGGCGACCCCGCAAAGCCCCGACAAGAGAAGAUGAAGCAGCUUCAGCAGCCAAGGGGAAAAACCUUGGCUUCCUCCAGUCUCAACUCCUAUACAACCACCACAAGAACAUUUAUAACGAGGAAGCUCUCGACCUCAGUGCCAAAACCCUCCAGAUAAACCCCGACUUGUACACCGCUUGGAACUACAGAAAGCUAGCUGUCCAACACAAACUCGCUGCUUCGCACCCAGAUUUCAACUCCAUAUUCGACCCAGAACUUAGACUGGUAGAGAGUGCGUUGAGAACGAAUCCUAAAGCCUACGGAGCGUGGUAUCAUCGUGAAUGGGUGCUAAGGAGGCUAAGCAAGGCUCAUUCUUCUUCUUCUUCUUCUUAUUUGAAUGAUUAUUUAGACCACGAACUCCAGCUUCUAGAAACAUUGCUCAAGCAUGAUUCCCGUAAUUUCCAUGCUUGGAAUCACCGCAGAUUUGUAGCUGCAUUAUUCAAUACAUCAGACCAAGAGGAGUUGAAGUUUACCAACGAAAUGAUACAAGAUAAGCAGGACAAUUUGAGCAAUUACUCAAUGUGGCACCAUCGUAGAGUACUUCUGUCUGGUUUGCUGAAGAAAAAGGCUCAAGGAUUUUCCUCAAAAGAGAAGGUUUUGCGUGAUGAGUAUGAGCUUGUGGAUGGUGCUAUUGUCGCAGGUACAGAAGAUCAAAGUGGUUGGUUUUAUCAUCUUUCACUUCUUGAGCAAACAGUGAACAUGGAUGCUCCUUUUCUUGUUUCUUCUUGGCCUUCCCAUGGAUCUCAUGUCCUUCUAUCGAGAAAUAGGUGCUCAGAUGACUGUUCUUUGUCUCAGUUUGACAGCUUCCAUUCCAGUUCAGGAACAUUUCCACUGAUACUGUAUUUUUCUGAAGAUGUUCAAGGUGUAAAUUCAUCGACAAUAACCAUUGAAUCUUCGUUUUGCACAAAAAAUAAUCUGCACUGGACUCCGCUUAUGCAAAAUAGAUCCCAGUUUUCCCAAGCUUGGGUUACUCAUAUUAUAUUUCCAGGGGCAAGACCUCAUUCUUCUGAACCUUAUCUGCUGGAAAUUAGCGUUGGACAGUCUCAGGGCAUCAUUUCUCGAAACGGCUUUCCUUAUAGCCAUCUGACACAAUUUAACUUCAAAGUGCGUCUAUGCCUGGGUGAAACUGAACGAGGUGAAGUUGAAGACCUGGAUGGGGAUAUAAUUUUGUGGAAGGAUGAAAAUUUUCAUGCACUCCAAACAGAAUCUCAGGAGCCACAUGAAGCAGUUUCUUUUGAUCAGCUAAUUAUUAAUGAUGUUCAUGAGCCAAACACUUCAAAUUGGCGUGCAGCAAUUGUUUCUAAUGAAAUAGAUUUCUUCCAAACCUUAUUAUUCUGUAAAAUUGGAAUUCUGACGCUUGCAAGAUUGUUGACAGCUAAAAAUGUUCUUUUGUCCCAAUGUACGAACAAAACAGUCCAUUCCAAAGUUCUUGAACUUUAUAAAGACUUAAUAAAGUUGGAUCCGUUGCAUUCUCAGUAUUACAAAGAUCAGCACAGCUUAGUUUUCCUGCAGGAGGUAACUUCCAACAGGGAGUCUCUGCAGAGACACUGCUGUAGUUAUAAAAACUUUGCUUCUGCAAGCAUUGGUAAUUAUAAAUGUGUACGACUAAAUAAUAUAUCCUUAUCACGAAUGGGGUCUGUUGAGAAAUUAUUGUGGGUUAGCAUGCUAGACCUCAGCCACAAUGAACUUUGUUCUAUUGAAGGAUUGGAGGCCAUGCAGCUUCUGUCUUGCUUAAAUCUGAGUGUCAACAAAUUCAGUGGUUUUUCUGCCCUGGGACCUUUGAGGCUGCUGAAGUCACUAGAAGUUCUGAAUAUCUCUUACAAUGAGAUAGGUUUACACACUACUGACACUACAAGAUAUCUCUGUUCAUCUCCUCUUUCUCACACAGAAGAAACUAGUUGGAACUGUGAUGAAAUUAUGCCUGGGGGUGUCAGUGUGAUGAAUUAUUGGGAAGCUUUUCUGAUUUUUAAAAGCUUGAGGUUGACGCAAUUAGACAUUGCUGGGAAUGCAAUUGCUGGUGAAAAUUUCAAGUCAUUUUUGGUGAAGGUAGUUCCUUCACUUCAGUGGCUGGAUGGUGAUAAAUUGCGUUAA